GUGACUGACAGAGGGGGAAGGGACGGCUCAUUGAGACACACAUUGGAUGGAGCAAGCAGAGAAAUAAAACCAGUCCGCUGAAGACGGAGUGAAGAGGGAGAAACACAGAGAGGAAGACAGACAGAAGAAAGAUAGAACCACAGUGGUGUUAGGAACAGGCGGUGUCGGUGCAAACAGGAGCGCUGCUGAGAGGAGCCUCAACAAGCUGUGUCUGUGAUUUUUCACCUUGGCCGUACGUGAGGAACAGAAGGAGCCAGUGGAGAGAGUUCACCGACUUUGUUUCCCCUCCCUCCCUGUUCUCCCCCUCUCUGCACCCUCCUGCCUCCUCUGAAUGAUUGAAGCCAUGCCCAUUGUGUCUGCCAGCACAGGGCUGCAUGAGACUCUGGCCCUGCUCACCUCUCAGCUCCACCCUGAUGCCAACCAUAAAGAGGACCUGGUCUUCCUCAAAGAUGUCUUCAGUGAGAAAAGCCUCGGUUAUCUGAUGAAGAUUCAUGACAAACUGAAGCAGUAUGAGAAACACAGCCCGACUCCAGUUCUACACAGCGCCACCUGUUUGGCAGAGGAUCUGGCAGAGGAGCUUCAGAACGGGCCGCUGGAGGAUGAUGAGAGAGAACUGCUGCUGCUGCUGAGCACUCCUCACCUCAAGGCAGUGCUGUCAGCCCACGACACAGUGGCCCAAAAGAACUUUGACCCGGUUCUGCCGCCACUGCCGGAGGAUCUGGACGACGACCUGGAGGAAGAGUCGGUCAAGAUUGUCCGCCUGGUGAAGAACAAAGAACCCCUGGGAGCAACCAUCCGGAGAGACGAGGCAACGGGAGCUGUAAUUGUGGCCAGAAUCAUGAGGGGAGGGGCCGCUGACCGCAGUGGUCUGGUGCAUGUUGGUGAUGAACUUCGAGAGGUCAACGGAAACCUGAUAACCCACAAAAGGCCAGAUGAGAUUAGUCAGAUUCUGUCCCAGUCACAAGGCUCCAUCACACUGAAAAUCAUUCCAGCUGUUGUAGAAGAAGACAGACUGAAGGAGAGCAGGGUCUAUCUGCGGGCUUUGUUUGACUACACGCCCUAUGAGGACAAGGCCACACCGUGCCAAGAGGCUGGACUUCCUUUUAAGAGGGGGGACAUUCUUCAGGUUGUAAGCCAAGAGGACGCCACCUGGUGGCAGGCCAAGAGGGUUGGCGACUGUAACCUGCGCGCUGCCCUCAUCCCCUCUACACAGUUUCAGGAAAGGCGCCUGAGAUACCGGCUGAAAAUGGGCUCUUUUCCUGCUCCCAUGUCACCGAAAGCUCCGGCAUAUGAUCGUGCUGAGAGAGAAGACUGUGACAGUGAGGGUGCUCUGAAUGGAAAGGACGUAGUUUCUCCCAAGAGUAAGGCGGCCCCUGCCUUCUGUGGCCAUGCUCUCUCAUGGGAUUUUUACUCAGCUGGACUGCGCAGGAGUUUCCGCCUCAGGAAAGAUCGCCAGGCUUCACCAGCAGAACCUCAAACUCCAGACGCCAACCACACAGAGUUCCUCAUUUAUGAAGAAGUAACACAAUAUCUGCCCCGCCCGGGUGAAAGGCCUCGUCUUAUAGUACUGAUAGGUUCCCUUGGAGCUCGGAUCACUGAGCUCAAACAGAAGGUGAUCGCUGAGAAUCCUCGACGUUAUGGUUUGGCAGUGCCUCACACCACUCGAGCCAGGAAGUGUAAUGAGAGAGAGGGAGUGGAGUACCACUUCAUCACCAAAGCAGCUUUCGAGGCUGACAUCCAGAAUGGCAAAUUUAUUGAAUAUGGGGAGUAUAAAGAUAAUCUGUACGGCACCAGUUUGGAGUCCAUUAACAGAGUUCUGGAUCAAAACAAGGUCUGUCUGGUGGAUGUGCAACCAGAGGCACUGAAGACUCUGCGUACUGCUGAGUUCAAACCAUAUGUCAUCUUCGUAAGGCCUCGCAUCUAUGACAGUCAAAGGAAACUACUUGGCUCCUCUUCCUCACUCAGCUCAGGGAUCACAGAGGAUGACCUACAGGAAAUUAAACAGUCAGCUGAGCGGAUGGACGAGUGCUACGGCCCUUGGGUGGACUAUAUCCUGGUGAAGGAGGACCCAGUCAGUGCCUUAGCUGAGCUCCAGGUCCUACUGGAAAGGGUGCAGAUGGAGCGUCAGUGGGUGCCUGUGUCCUGGGUGAGGAGCUAGCCCGAUGAGCUCGACUGUUCCAUGUUGGAUCAGUGGACCACAGCAUGUGGAGGACAGAUUAAACUGCAGGAGACCUCUGGAGUUUUCUCAGUGUGUUGGAGUCAUCCAGUGUUUACUGCCAUACUAACCAUUCCACAUGUACAGAUUUGUGAUAGUAGGCUGAGUCACGUCAGUAGCUGCUAUUUCAUCAGUCUGAACAUCAAGCAAGCCUCUCUGUUUUAGAUUCCUCAGUGAAAAAUGGCUCUAACAGACAUGUAAUACAUGCAUGUAGGAAGUACGUUCCUAAAGCAAGCUGUAGUCACAGAGCUGCACUCCCUUUGACUAUGUAAGACAUCUACUGUAAUAGCAGCUAUAAUGUGAAGUGCCAUAUCGAGCAUUAUGAAAGAAUAAUCUGCAGACAUCUUCUCACGCUGGAGACUGUACUCAUGUUACUGUUACCUGACUUGGCUUUGACAAAAGUCUGUAUUAAACAAGAGAAUUGUGUUGACUCAA